AUGAAUCGGUCAAUUGAGGUACUUACUGUAGGGAAGAUAAUCGGAGAUGUGGUCGACCCCUUCGCUCCUGCGGCCGAAAUCACCAUCCUCUAUGGCUCCAAGCAGGUCGCCAAUGGUUGUGACAUCAAACCCUCUCUAGCUGCUGAAAGACCCCAUGUUCGAAUUCUCGGUGCCUCUAAUAGUGGCAACCUUUACACCCUGGUAAUGGUGGAUCCUGAUGCUCCAAGUCCCAGUGAACCAACAUACAGAGAGUGGCUCCAUUGGAUAGUUGUAGACAUUCCAGAGGGGUCCGAUGCCAGUCAAGGGAGGGAAGUGGUGAUGUACAUGGGGCCUUGCCCACUCGCUGGAAUUCAUCGUUACGUGUUUGUGGCAUUUAAGCAAACAGAUGGGCCACUAGUUGGAGUUGGGCCACCGCAAGGGCGUGCCAAUUUCAAGUCUCGCGAAUUUGCUUCACGACACCACCUUGGGCUUCCGGUUGCUGCUGUUUACUUCCAUUCACAAAAGGAACCUAAGAACAAGAAACGCCAAUGGCAUAGCUAA